UUCUCUUCGUGUGGCUCCUCUCCUGCUGUUACUGGUCAGCAUGUCUGGACGCGGCAAGCAGGGCGGCAAGGCGCGCGCCAAGGCCAAGACGCGGUCCUCGCGGGCCGGGCUGCAGUUCCCCGUGGGCCGCGUGCACCGGCUGCUCCGCAAGGGCAACUACGCCGAGCGCCGCGUCGGGGCGGGCGCGCCCGUGUACCUGGCGGCCGUGCUGGAGUACCUGACGGCCGAGAUCCUGGAGCUGGCGGGCAACGCGGCGCGCGACAACAAGAAGACGCGCAUCAUCCCGCGCCACCUGCAGCUGGCCAUCCGCAACGACGAGGAGCUCAACAAGCUGCUGGGCAAGGUGACCAUCGCGCAGGGCGGCGUGCUGCCCAACAUCCAGGCCGUGCUGCUGCCCAAGAAGACCGAGAGCCACCACAAGGCCAAGGGCAAGUGAGGACCCUGCGUUCCUUUGGCAACAACGCACACAACUAAACCAAAGGCUCUUUUCAGAGCCACCCACCUUCGCACUGAAAGGGCUUGCAUUUUCCCGACCUUAGCAGCUAAUUGAAAUCAUGCUUGCAGCAUUUCCCAGCCACUUGAAAGUUACAAUAAAAACCAAGUCACCAUCA